AUGGAUAUUAUUUUCAUUAUUUGCUCCCUUUUGUUUAUUUUUGCUCUUAUUUUUCAUUAUACCUCUUAUUCCGAAGAAAACAAUGCAACUGGUUAUGAUGAUUCAAUAUUGGUUAUUGUGUUUGACGAAAGUAUCAUAAUUACUCUCCAACGACUCGUGAAAAAUUUAGAUAAAUUAAACCAAUUAAAUGAACAAAUAUAUGAAUUGAAAGAAAGUAUCAUAAAUGUUCUCCAACAACUCAUGAAAAAUUUAAAUGAACAAAUAUAUGAAUUGAAAGAAAAUAUCAUAAAUACUUUCCAACGACUCAUGAAAAAUUUAAAUAAAGAAAAGCAAGAAAAUGAACAGAUUAGAAUCCUUGAACAAGAAAAUAAACGUCUUAUACAAGAAAUUCAACGAAUCAAAAAUGAAAUGAAUAACAAUAUCAAUGCUCAUCAAAAGCAAAUUUACAUCCUUGAACAAGAAAAUAAACGCCUUAUACAAGAAAUUCAACGAAUCAAAAAUGAAAUGAAUAACAAUAUCAAUGCUCAUCAAAAGCAAAUUUACCAAAUGGAGUAUGCUAGAUUGCAAUUUAAAGAAGUACUUCAGAAUGAAAGGACACGGUUGCGAACAAAUUAUCAAAACCGUUUCAAUGAAUAUUUUCAAUAUUAUGACGAUUAUUUUCAGAAUUUAACACUACAAUCAACGGAAGAGAUUAGAUGA